GUCCUCCCACCUACCACCGGCGGGCGGAAGGGGGAGCCAUGAGGAACCCGUUCUGCUUCCGCGGCCCCGCGGCGAAGAGGACGCCGAUGGCUGACUGGUGCGUCUUCUGCGACAUCGCCGGCCGCGCCCCCGGCUCCACCACCGCUCUCCUCUACUCCGAUGACAAGGUCGUUGCGUUCCAGGACAUCAACCCGUCCGCGUUCAGGCACUAUCUUGUCAUACCCAUCGAGCACAUACCAACUGUAAAUGAUCUUCGAAUAACGAAUGAAGAUCACCAGUUAGUUAGUCACAUGGUGAAGGUAGGAAAGGAUUUACUCGAUCGAGAUGCUCCCAGAUCUGAGGAACAUAGGUUUGGUUUUCAUCAACCGCCAUUUAAUAGUGUUGACCACCUUCAUCUUCACUGCCUUGCACUGCCAUUUAUGCCCAGCUGGAAGCAAGUAAAAUAUACACCGUUGGGUCCCCUGGGGGGUUUUAUUGAUGCUGACAAGCUAUUGGAAAGAAUUAAACCACAAGCAGAAGUUCACAGUUAAUACAAUAUUUACCAGUCAUUCCUUCGUAUUAACGCUCGCCUUCUUUUUUGCUUCCAUUAUCAUUUGUGUGUAAUUUGUAUCACAAUCACUAUUGUUUGAUUGCUGAAAGUUCAAAAGUCUUGUCUAAAAUGGUAUACAGAAUUAACCUGAACAGUGAUUGAAGUUUGAACAA